AUGUUAUUUACUAUGACUAUUGAAGAAAAAUCCGAACCAAACAAGGAUAUUAUUUGUCCUGACGCUAUCUCAGUAUGUCCAGCGAAUAGUACUUGUUGUGUUUCAACUGAUGGAGAUUAUUCAUGUUGUCCAAUUGAACAAGGAGUUUGUUGUGCAGAUCAUAUACAUUGUUGUCCAAGUCAUUAUAAAUGCGAUUUAAAAAUCUUUAAAUGUGAUCGUGUAUUCGAUGCAAAAAUGCUUGAAGUAAUGCCAUCAUUAAAUAAAAAUUAA